CUCGACUUCAUGUGUUUCCUGGUGCUGCUCUUUGUAUUCUCCAUCCUGAGGAAAGUCGCAUGGGAUUAUGGUCGCCUGGCAUUGGUCACUGACGCUGACAGACUGGGGAGUUGUUUCACCGAUGAGGAGGAGGAGGAAGACCUGUGUGUCUGUGAUUUAUUGACUAUAAUAUUAUUACACUCUCAACUCCAACGUCUGAACCACGUCAGAGAACCAAAAGUGCUGUACAUUUACAGAAAAUAAUAGAGUUUGUGUUAGCUAGAAGGGAGCCAGUAAUGAAAGAUAAAUUGGUUAUAGUUAGUAACUCUAGUAAAAGCUAGUAGAAAUAAAAGAUUAGCAGCUAAAAUAUACAUAAAGGUUAGCCUGGAAAUAGCUAGAAGUAAGCAAAAAUGGUACGAAACAUAGCAAAGACACAUAGCAUAUUCAUACGAUGGUGGUUAGCACGGCUGCCUUGGAAACAGAGAGCAGGUAGUCCUGGGUUUGAUUCCCAGAAGAGCCAUGUACUUGGCGCCUCCAGGUGGCAGCCUGUUGGAGCAGAUUUGCCAAUGAAAUUAUUAUUAUUAGUUAGUAAUAAUAAUAGAGAAUGUAGCUAGACUUUGCUUAAACAGCUUAAAGUUGACAAAAUGAUUACGUUUUAAAGAGGAAAGACGUGACGUCAGGGUGUAAAUCUCACACACUGAAGUGACUGAAUUUCCCGUGACACCGUUUUCUUACUCUGCCGUGUGUGUUUGGUUUGGUGUGUUUAACUGUUUAACAUGUGGUGACCACAACGAAAAAACACCACAGGUUAAAAAUCUGUACGAUUUGUGUGACCAAUGCAGUGUAACAUACAGUUUAGCUCUUUUAUGCUAACAAGUUUGAUGCUAAUCCGCUUGUUUUUAUGUGAAUGUGAAUCAGCCGGAGACGAGACAGAGAUAACUAUGAACCGGUAAAAAGGUAAAAACAAACAAACAAAAAACCCAGGACGUUUGUGAUGUUUUAGCCCCACGUGUCUUGAUAAGUGUUACUCGACUGUUUAGCUAGCAGGUUCAGACUAGCUGUGACGGUGCUCAGAUCAGUCGUGUUGUCCUUUACUGGUAUGAGUGUUAGGGGUUAGCAUUAGCCUCAUGUGAUGUGACCACAGAUUAAAAAAAUAUCAGGAAAAUGUCAGUGUUUGUAUUUAAUCAACUGAACCAGUCUGGAAAAAAAGUUGGUACAUUUCCUAAAUGUAUUAAAUCGUUAAAACAUCAACUGUGAUAAUUCAUUUACAACUGGAUUUUAAUAUCAGCCUGAUUCCAAUCGUCAUCAGUUUGAGUUUUUAGUGAGUGUACCAACUCAGGUUUGGACUUCCCUUUAGCUUCUGUCUGUGUUUGCUAUCUUUAAGAGCGCUUUUCCAGAGGAUCAGCCCAGUCCAAGGUCAGAGUGGCUAAGUGCUAAUAGCAAACAGGAAACUGACUUUUCUUUCUUUCCUGUCCGUCUCUGUAGCGUUGCUUCGGCGAUGCACUCAGAAACACCUGAUCGCUAUGAACGCCUAACGUCUGUGUCCAGCUCAGUUGAUUUUGAGCAGAGAGACAAUGGAUUUUGCUCGUGGCUAACGGCCAUCUUCAGAAUAAAAGAUGAGGAGAUCAGGGAGAAAUGUGGCGAGGACGCCGUCCACUACCUGUCCUUCCAGCGUCACAUCAUCGGUCUGCUUGUCGUCGUAGGCGUGCUGUCUGUCGGCAUCGUACUCCCCGUGAACUUCUCCGGAGACCUGCUGGAGAACAAUGCCUACAGCUUUGGACGCACCACGAUAGCCAACCUGAAGUCUGAGACAAAUCUUCUGUGGCUCCAUACGACCUUUGCCUUCAUGUAUCUGCUCCUGACCGUCUACAGCAUGAGGAGACACACGUCUAAGAUGCACUACAAGGAGGACGACCUGGUGAAACGCACUUUAUUUAUUAAUGGCAUCUCCAAAUACGCCGAGGAGACCCAGAUCAAACAGCACUUUGAACAGGCAUAUGAGAACUGCACCGUGCUGGAGGCUCGCAUCUGUUACAACGUGGCCAAACUGAUGGCUCUGAACGCUGAAAGAAAGAAGACAGAGCGCAGUAAAAAGUUUUUCACCGACCUAAUGGCAAAGGAACACAUUCCGACCAUGAUCAACCCUAAACCCUGUGGACACCUGUGCUGCUGCGCCAUUGCAGGCUGUGAGGAGGAGGAGGCAGUUAGCUACUACACCAAGAGGGAGGCUAAGCUAAAAGAGGAGUACAGGAAGGAGAAGGAAAAGGUUCACACCAAACCUCUGGGCAUGGCGUUCGUGACCUUCCAGAACGAAGCCAUGACUGCGAUCAUUCUGAAGGACUUCAACGCCUGUCAGGUUCAGGGCUGUCGCUGUCGCCUGGAGCCUGGCUCCUCUCAGUUCAGCGAAGUUCUCCAUGUCCACAACUGGAGUGUGUCGUAUGCACCGGACCCCCAGAACGUACGCUGGGAGCACCUGUCGCUGGGCGGUGUCAGGUGGUGGAUCCGCUGCUUCAUCAUCAACUGCAUUCUCUUCAUCCUCCUUUUUUUCCUCACCACACCUGCCAUCAUUAUUUCCACCAUGGACAAGUUCAACGUCACCAAACCUGUGGAGUAUCUGAACAAUCCCAUCGUGACUCAGUUCUUCCCCACACUCCUGCUCUGGGCCUUCUCGGCUCUGUUGCCGACCAUCGUCUAUUACUCCGCCUUCUUCGAGGCUCACUGGACCAGGUCUGGAGAAAACAGGACAACCAUGCACAAAUGUUACACCUUCCUGAUCUUCAUGGUGCUGCUGCUUCCGUCUCUGGGGCUCAGCAGCCUGGAUGUUUUUUUCCGCUGGCUCUUUGACAAGAAGUUCCUUGACGGUGGAACAGUCAGAUUUGAGUGUGUGUUUUUGCCAGAUAACGGUGCUUUCUUUGUCAACUACGUCAUCGCCUCCGCUUUUAUUGGAAACGCCAUGGACCUGCUGCGGAUUCCUGGUCUCCUCAUGUACAUGAUCCGGUUGUGUCUGGCUCGGUCUGCCGCUGACCGUCGCAACGUUAAGAGGCACCAGGCCUACGAGUUCCAGUUCGGGGCGGCGUACGCCUGGAUGAUGAACGUCUUCACGGUGGUGAUGGCGUACAGUAUCACCUGUCCAAUCAUUGUCCCCUUCGGUUUGAUGUACAUGCUGCUCAAACAUCUGGUGGAUCGAUACAACAUGUACUACGCCUACCUGCCGUCCAAACUGGACAAGAAGAUCCACUCUGGUGCCGUCACCCAGGUGGUGGCUGCUCCCAUUCUUUGUCUCUUCUGGCUGCUCUUCUUCUCCACCGUUCGCACAGGUUUCAAGACUCCGACGUCCAUGUUCACACUGGUGGUCCUCAUCGUCACCAUCGUGGUCUGUCUGUCCCACGUCUGUUUCGGACACUUCAAGUAUCUCAGCGCUCACAACUACAAGAUUGAUACCAAGGACACCGACGUGGACGCGGUAGAAAAUGGACGUCCGGCUCGUCCCUCGUCUUCACCCACCACCAAGUCUCAGCAGCAGCAGCAGCAGAUGUACAUUGCUCAGGUGCUGCAGGACGGUGGCAGCGGUGGUGAAGAAGAUCGUGGCUCGUCUCAGGACGAGGACAUGAUGAACGGAGGAAACAGCAUCAAUGAGGCGGAUUUCCAGUCAGGGGAGGACAGUCUGAUCGCCAACGAGGUCCGCCAGUAGCUGUUGGUGAAGCCAGGGAGUGGGUGGAGCUAAUUCAGUGUUUGGACAAGAUUUAGAAACACAAACCUGAUGCUUUGCACAUGGAGACUGACCACCAUUAGCUCCACCCUCUCUCAGCGCUGAAAGACUUGACCCUGACCUAUGACACUGGCGCCGGGCGCCAACAUGCAGUCCUGCACAUAUCCACCUAUUCCACAGGAGGUCGCUGUACAGUACCACAAAGCCAGUCCUUUUCUUUUGUACUGCUCUCUGUAACGCUAGAGGUCAGUGUUUAUCUUUCUUUUUGCCUGAGCCUGGUCUGGAUGGUGGCUCCUCAUUCCACCGUAGUUCAGCAGCAGGUUCAGAGAGUAAAAAAAGACAGGUCAACACUUAACUGAGUAAUCCUUAGACACUGCCUCCACUGGCGUCAGAGUCAGUGUUAAAUCACUUGCUCCGUUCCAGUAAGGUAGAAGCUUCUGCUGUCUUCUUUUCCUCAACGUCUUUAGUUUUUCUGUCGGUCAAUAUUUCCGGUACUUUUACCAGACUGCCAGAGACUGAGAUUUAAACUGGAUCUCUCCCACACACCUCCAUCUUUACAUCAGAGUUCAAACUACUUCUCACUCAACACUGUACCUACGUUUGCAUGAACAUCCAGCUUCAACUGCUGUCUCUCAAGGUAAAAAUGAGUUCAUCCACUAACUUUUGAUUUAUUAACCUGCCUUUGCUGCAUGUUUUUUUUUUGUUUGUUUGUUUGUUUUUUUUUAAGCUCCGCCUGGAUUUAAGAUAUGGGACAAAGUCACCUGCCCAACAUCCAGGAGCUCAUCCUACUUUUUCUCGCUGCCAACAACUCAACAAACUUUGGUGAAAAAUAACUGGACUCUUAUUGGUUUUCCCACGUUUCAGUUUCUGUCCCGAAAUCUCCAGAUAAAGGCCACAAACGUCCGUGUCUGUGUACGUUUUCGGAACUAUUUCAGGUCUUUGCAGAGAUCCCAAGAAAUGUUUGGUAGUGUGAGGCGAGGUAGAUGCAGAAGAGCAGUGCUCUUCGACUGGGACGUCCUACCCUUCACACCUGACACUGUUGGAAGUGUGUGUGUGUUUGUGUGUGUGUGUGUGUGUGUGUUUGAACAAGAGAGAGGAAGACAGACUAUGCCAUCUCAGUGUUUCACAAACUUCUGUCGACUUAGUUCAGUAAGAAAAAUUAACGUCAGAGAAAAACACAACUUGUGUUUAGUCUUUCGUUACGUUAGCCUAGCUUUGCUUAAAGGUCCAGUAAACAAUACUCAGCACCACGGUUUUAAGCUUACGACUUAAAGUUCUCUUCAAUUACAUCUUAUUUUGUCUGGUGCAGUUACUGACACUCCAGCAGGGGUCACUUAAGAACAGCUGGAUCCUUGAAUCCAGUUUUUGCCUAAAAAAACAUUGAUAUUUGCUGCUCGUUGCUGUUAGGAAGCAAGCUAACUGAGUCAACUUCUUCUUUUUUCAGCUGCUCCCCCCAGGGGUAGCAGAUUAUUUGCCUUCAUCUCACCCUGUCCCUUUCCUCAUCUACUGUUACACCAACCUUUUGCAUGUUUCCGUGAUAAACACCAGUUUCUUUAACUGCUCACGUUCUUUGUCUAUUUUGUGUUUUGUCUGAAGUGUCGUAUCCUCUUUCUCGUUGAAUUUUCUUGUUUAGAACUUCCAUCAUUCACAUGUGUGUUUUGUUCUUUGGACAGUGUAUAAUGACAUCAACUGUACUACCAUACCUGUAGGACCAUGCACAGUUAGCUCAUGGAAUAAAAAAAAUAAUUGGCUGAAAGUUGAAGAAAUUUGAAUGUUACUUGACAUUUUCUGACCAAAAUGAAAUCGGAAUAUUCCUAAUUUUGUUUUGUAAAAGUGGCACUCUCUGAGCUGAUCAAAUUAGAGGCUUCUGUUGCAAAGUAGGCAUUUCUGAUGAAAUAAUUCACUGAAUUUUCAAAAGUGAUUAGUUUUGGUGCUUGAUUAUUGUAUAGUGGACCCUUAAAAAACAGGAAAACAGCAGAAACUGUUAGCUUAGCUUAGCUAAGCUGUAGUAUAGGUCCGUUUGUAAUAUAUAUGUAAUUUGCUACAUCUUAUUUUGUUAGCAUCUUUGUCUUAAGUUAGCACUAUUUAUAUAAACAGCGUAUGAAAAAACAAAACAUGUCAGGUGCUCUGAUGGGACCAGACUUUUUGUCCGACUUUGAGCUAGUCUAACA